AUCCAAACCUUGAGAGAUAACCCCAUCACGUCUAAGCAAGAAUUUGAGUCUAUCAGUGAUGAUUCCAACCCUGGUAUCUCCUAUCAAUUGACAUAUAAAGUGGGUGAUGACUUGGGUAUCAAGAGUCUCUCCACCGAAAGAAAGCCCAAAGUGGCCAUUUUAAGAGAACAAGGUGUUAACUCUCAACAGGAAAUGGCGUGGUCCUUCCAACAAGCCGGGUUUGAUACUUAUGAUGUGCAUAUGUCAGACAUUUUGUCUGGUAGAGUGUCAUUAAAACACUUCACCGGACUCGCUGCUUGCGGAGGAUUCUCAUAUGGUGAUGUCUUAGGUGCCGGUGCCGGGUGGGCCAAAUCUAUUUUGUUCAACGAGCUUGCCAGAAAGGAGUUCAAGGAGUUUUUUGAAAGAUCAGACACUUUUGCUUUAGGUGCCUGUAAUGGAUGCCAAUUCUUGAGCAGAAUUCAGGAAUUGAUCCCAGGAACUAAGAACUGGCCUACCUUCGAAAGAAACUUCAGUGAGCAAUAUGAAGCCCGUUUUGUCAUGGUUGAAAUUGUUCCUGAACAGACGAACUCGAUCUUUUUGUCGGGUAUGGAGAAGUCCAAGCUUCCAAUUGCGGUUGCGCACGGAGAAGGAAGAGCCAAUUUUACGUCAGAUGACGAAGAAUCGGGAUUUUUGGCCGACAAACAAAGUGUUAUUCGGUAUGUUGACAACUACGGAAACCCUGCCAGCCAAUAUCCUUACAAUCCUAAUGGUUCACCACAUGGAAUCGCUGGUAUUUCCUCGCAGAACGGCCGGGUUUUGGCGUUGAUGCCUCACCCCGAAAGAGUCACCAGAAAAGAGUCCAAUUCGUACUACCCAAAACAAGACGCUGUCGAAUGGGAAGGAUACGGUCCAUGGAUUCGUUUGUUCAGAAAUGCCAGAAAAUGGGUUCGUGAUAACUUUUAAUUGUCACAACAAAUCGUGACCUCGACACGACCACACGACCAGUUGGUUGAAUUUAAAUAUCUUUUAUUGUGCACCCACGACUUGCGAAACUUUUUAUAAUCGAGUGAAAAAUUUUCACAACUUUUCAUCUUUAACUACAUACAUAUACAAAAUGGUUAACGCUAUCUUAUCAAAGAAGAGAAAAUUGGUCGCUGACGGUGUGUUCUACGCCGAAUUAAACGAAUUCUUCACUAGAGAAUUGGCCGAACACGGUUACGCUGGUGUUGAGGUUAGAAGAACCCCAACCAAGUUGGAAAUCAUCGUUAAGGCUUCCAACCCUCAAGGUGUCUUGGGUGAACAAGGUAGAAAGAUCCACGAAUUGACCUCCUUGAUCUGCAAGAGAUUCAAGUUGGCCAAGGAAGGUGUUGUCAUCUACGCUGAAAGAGUCGAAAUCAGAGGUUUGUCUGCUGCUGUCCAAGCCGAAGGUUUGAAGGCUAAAUUGUUGAGUGGUUUACCAUUCAGAAGAGCUGCCUACGGUGUUUUGAGAUUCGCCAUGAACAACGGUGCCAAGGGUGUUGAAGUUGUCAUCUCCGGUAAGUUGAGAGGUGCCAGAGCUAAGGCCCAAAAAUACGCCGAUGGUUUCAUGAUCCACUCCGGUCAACCAACCAAGGACUUUAUUGAUAUUGCCAUCAGACACGUCUUGAUGAGACAAGGUGUUUUGGGUAUCAGAGUUAAGAUCAUGAAGGACCCAGCCACUAACAAGUUUGGUCCAAAGGCUUUGCCAGAUGCUGUCAAGGUUGCUGAAGCUAAGGAUGAUGAAGAAGUUAUCCCAGCCCCAACUGUCAAGUCUUACAUCCCAGUUGUUGAAGCUGAAGCUUCUGCUUAAUUUUAGGUUUAGUAUAUUGUAAUAUAUUAUGUCGACUUAAAU